UAAAAGGCUGUAGAGCGCCUUUUCCUGCCGCAGUGCCCCUGAUUUCAUCAGCAGAGAUGAGCUACUCUUUUGACAACGUAUUCGGCCCCACAGCCUAUCGCGCUCCACAGCGCAAUGUCUUGAAACCGUCAGGAUCCACUGCUUCAAGCGGGUUCCACUCUCAGUCAUGGUCGCGGGGCUCCACAUCCUCCUCUUACCGCCGCGGAGGAGUAGGAGGCUACAGCCAGCUGUCCUCCACCGACAGUCUGGAGUCAUUUGACGGAGAGAUGAGGUCCCGAAACGAGAAAGAAAUUCUGCAAGCGCUCAACGACCGCUUUGCCGGUUACAUUGACAAGGUGAGGCACCUCGAGCUCCAGAAUAAGAACCUCGAAGCAGAGGCAGUAGCACUAAGGCAGAGCCAAGCCGGCAGGUCGGCAAUCGGGGAGCUCUAUGAACGGGAAAUUGGGGAUCUGCGGAGCAUGGUAGUACAACUGAGCAACGAAAAAUCCCAAGUGCUGCUAGAGCAAGAUCAUAUUGAAGAGGACAUCCAGCACCUGAAGCAAAGGCUGGAUGACGAAGCACGGAGCAGAGAGGAACUUGAAGCAGCAAUCCGAGCCAUGGCCAAGUAUAUUGAUGAGUCCGGUCUAGCUCGCCUGGAGCUCGAUAAAAAGCUGCAGUCACUUCAAGAAGAGGCAACUUUCCUCAAGAAGAACCACGAGGAAGAAGUUGGGGACCUCCUGUCGCAGAUUCAGGGUUCCCAGCUGACAUUCGACGUGAGGGACGCAAUGAAGGCGGAUGUUACCAGUGCCCUGCGGGAGAUCCGCGCUCAGCUGGAUGGCCAUGCUUCCAAAUACGCAACUCAGGCUGAGGAAUGGUUUAAGGUGCGCAUGGAUAAGCUGUCAGAAGCAGCACACUUCAAUACCGAGGCCAUCCGAAGUGCACAGGACGAGAUUGGGGAGUACCGCCGGCAGCUGCAUUCUCGCACAAUUGAACUGGAGACACUGAAGGGGACCAGGGAUUCUCUGGAGAAGCAGCGAUGCGAUAUUGAGGACCGCCAUCACAGCGAUGUCUCCUCCCUACAGGAAACAAUUCACCAGCUGGACAAUGAGCUGAAGAACACGAAGUGGGAGAUGGCUAACCAGUUGAGGGAGUAUCAGGACCUCCUGAAUGUGAAGAUGGCACUGGAUAUUGAGAUCGCUGCUUAUAGGAAACUGCUAGAGGGUGAGGAGACACGGUUUAUCACAAGCAUUAGUCCUUACCCUUACAUGGACAGCACCACCAAGAUCUCUCACAUCAAAGUCAAGGCAGAGGAGAUUUCUGACACUGUAAUUCUGGAGGAACAGACAGAUGAAACCCAAGUGACAGAGGAAGUAACAGAAGAUGGGGAGGCAGGAGAGAAGGAGGGUGAGGUUCAGCAGGAGGAAGGUGAGGAAGGGGAAGAAGAAGAGACUGGUGUGGAAGAAGAAAAAGAAGGGGUAGAAGAGGCUGAGGAGGAGAAGGAAGAGGGAGCUGAAAAAGAAAAAGAGGAAGAAGAGGCAGGUGAGGCACCUGAGGAAGAGUCUAAAGGUGAAGAGGAGAAGCAGUCCGAGCCAUCUACUGAAAAGAAGUCUCCCUCUCCAGAGGCCAAGUCACCUGCUAAAUCACCACAAGACAAACCACCUGCAGUUAAGACCGAGGAAGAAAAAACACCUGCCAAAACACCUGAACCAAAAUUGCCUGCACCCAAAUCCCCUCCUCCAAAAUCUCCUGUAUCUAAAUCCCCAACUGUAAAAUCACCUGAGUCAAAAUCUCCCGCAAAAAAAUCCCCAGAAUCCAAAUCUCCCGCUGGAAAAUCACCAGAGUCCAAAUCACCAUCACAUGCAACGCCAGAGUCCAAAUCUCCAGCCCCCAAAUCACCACUCCAAAAAUCCCCAGAAUCCAAAUCUCCUGCAGAAGACAAGUCUAAAUCUCCCAGCCCCAAGUCCCCUGUCCAGGAGAAGAAGACCCUUGCAGAGGACAAGCCUAAGCCAUCAGCCACCAAAGACAGUGCCAAGCCAGAAAAGGAUGACAAACCUAAGGAGCAACCACAGCUGUCCAAAGAAGACAAAGAGAAGGAGCCUAAGGCCAAGGCAGAAGACAAGUCUGAAGGUAAAGCAAAAGAGGAUCUGCCCGUGAAGAAAGUAGAGAAAACAGAAAAAGAUGAUAUUAAGAAGGAAAGCAAGACAGAAGAGCCCCCCAAGAAGGCAGAGACUCCUAAGCCUUCUCCCAAGCCCACAGAGGAGAAGACUUCACCGAAAGCCACACCACAAGAGGCACCGGUUUCUGCUAAGAAGGAAGAGGAGAAGCCAACCCCUCCAAAGUCAGAGGAGAAGCCAGCCAAAACAGAGGCAAAGCCCAAGGCUGAGGGCAAACCGGCUCAGAAGGAUGUCCCUGAGGAGAAACCUGAACCAAAGAAAGAAGAGAAGAAGCCCGAGCCCACAAAGGAAGAGAAGCCUCAAAUGGAAGUGAAGAAAAAGGAGGAGCCUAAAGCAGCUACAAAGGAGACCACGAAGGCUGAGAAAGUUGAGAAGUCAUCCAGCACUGACACCAAGGAGACCAAGACUACAGAUGAGAAAGCCAAAAAGUGAACUCUAAACAGUGAUUAUUAACAGAGCAGGAUAAGAUGCAGUGGGAAUAAAUUCCAGGUAAAAAUAGAGAGAGAGGGCAAAUGACCUGAGCAGCCUUUACAAAUUAGAUGGCAAAAGCAAGCAAAUAGCAUUUAUUUUGCAGGCAACCAAAACACGUUAUGAUUGCUUCUAUAUAUGAUUGUAGUGAAUGCAGAAUGCUUUUUAUAACACUUGAAUGUGAUGACUGCCCUAACUAUUAAGUGCAUUUAACAAAAAUCCAACAGGCUGGAGAUACAGUGGCAAAAAUAAAUCAUGUUAGUGAAAAAUACUUUCAUAGCUGAAAAAAUCUAAAAGGUGACAUGGAGGAAGAUAUAUAUGGAAGAUAGACAGAUAUGAUAUGUUACAAAUUAAUAGAUUAAUAUAUUACAAACUAUAUACGACUCAUUUACGAAAAAGCAAGGAAUUCUAAAUCGCUCGUUGUGCACCUAAUACACUUUAUGUCAGUUUCAAGCAAUGAUAUGCUGUCUGUAA